AUGAACCAGUUCACUCAAAGGCGAAAAUCCGUUUUGUGCAGAUUGAAACUACACCCACCUCUCAAUGGCGGCUCCCUAAAGUUUGACGCUGCCAGUAAAAAUGCAAUCAGUGACGGCGUUUUGGAGGCCGUCUCCAGUCUACUAAAACCACUGCGGAUCGGCAUCGCCCACAGACCAGAGUCAACAAUACGGUACCUAGUUAUGAGACCGAAGGCCCCUCUGUCCCGGGGUGAAACAGCUUACUUCAUCUACCAGAACAAAAGUAAUUCUUGCGCGGUGGACUAUGUUGGAGAGACUAGGAAACGCUUGCAAACCCGGGUGACGGAACACAUGAGGUCAGUAAGACGGUUGGACCCACAAUCUUUGGUGGAUGAACAUUUUGCAGACUCCGGACACACGCUUGCCUUCCAGAAUGCCGAAAUUCUGGGUCGAGGAAUAGAUCGCGUAGCGAGGGAAAUUAUCGAGGCCUAG